AUGUCACCACCGCUGAAUGUUACCAUCAUUGGCGCUGGCAUCGCCGGCACCUUCGCUGCGCGCGUUCUGCGGGAGAAGAACAAUGUAAAAAUUCUGGAGAAAUUCGGGGCCGAACAUGAACUCGGCGCAGCUAUCAACCUGGGACCGAAUGCCACCACGUUCCUCGACAAGUAUGGUUUCGAUAGGGAGAGGGCGGGUUCGGUCGUGGUAGGCCGUUCUCGUAUCUUCGAUACCAAGGGCAACGUGGUCCAGGAAAGCCCACUGCCAGAUCUGCGAAAGUUGUUCGGCAGCGACUGGAUUGUCCAGCACCGGGCCGAUCUCUGGAAUGAAUUGUUUAGAUUAGCAACUGCACCGUCUGACCAGCUCGGCCUGACAGGGGAGCCUGCGAAGAUAAUCUGGGGCGCUGAGGUGGCCAAAGUCGAUGUCGAGAGUGGCGACGUCACGACAGUGGAUGGCCGAGUUAUUCAGUCUGAUCUUGUCAUUGGGGCUGAUGGCAUCAAAUCCUCGGUGCGACAAUGCGUCGUGGGUGAAGCCGCCUUCUCCACUGCUCGCCCAUCUGGUUCCUCGGCUUUCCGAUUCCUCCUGCCUCGCGAUGUUGUCGAUGAUGUGGCUCCAGGCCUUUCAGUAAUGGAUCCAAAUAAGCCCGCUGACAUCGAGAUCCAUCUGGCGCAGGAUGCAACGAAACGCUCUAUUGUGUGCUACCCUUGCCGGAACUUCGAAUUCCUGAAUUUUGGCGCUCUCGGGCUGGACUCACACAUUAAGCUCGAUACCACGGAGUCCUGGUCAAGCUCUGGUAGUAGGGAGGACUUGUUGAGGUGUUUCAAUGACUACGCACAACUUCGGCCGCUUCUGGAACAAGCCCGGAACAUUAAGGUGUGGCAGCUACGUGACCAGGAUCCCUUGCCAACUUAUAUCCGGGGCCGGACGGUCAUCAUUGGCGACGCUGCCCAUGCCAUGACACCGCAUCAGGGCCAAGGUGCAAGCCAAGCGAUCGAAGACGGGGAGGCGUUCAGUUUAUUCACGGAGCAACAGGUGAGUCGAGAAAGGGUGCCGGAGGUGCUCAAGGACUUUGACCGCGUCCGACGCACAAGGGCGUCUAAAAUUCAGAAUAUCACAAGGGAUGUACACCAGAAUAAGACGCCGGAGAAUAUUUGGAAGAAUAUGAAAUACAACUUCAGCUACGAUGGGGUUCGGGCGUGCAUAACGAAACUGGAAGCGGGCGAAGAGAUCUAA